CUCCCUUCUGCCUUUCCUUUGGAUCGUGUUCUCUUUCUCAAUCAACCUUCCAUUCAGUGUAUGUGCCGACACAGUCGAAUAUGGCAACUGCAGCCAACCUAUUACCUGCGGGGGCGUCAAGAGCCACAUCUCUUACCCCUUUUGGGGAGGGACCAGACCCGAAUAUUGUGGCAAAUCCGGGUUUGGGGCUACAUGCACUGAUGACGAUGUCCCGAUGAUCACCAUGAAGAAAAUCGAUUUCAGACUUCUCGACAUGAGCAAUAGAACUACUACAGCAAUUCCGACUGUGACAGUUGCAAGGGAGGAUUAUUGGACGACUCUCUGUCCUUCGAGUUAUAUUACCACAGACCUCAACUACUCUCUGUUUCAUUACGCAUCUGGCCCUCAAAACGUGUCUUUUUACUACGGAUGCAGUUUGUCUGCAACUCUAGUAUCAUCAGGGGUUAAUGUUUCUGCUAUCACGCAUUAUUGCAGCAGUAACGUCACCGUUUCGUUUCUCACAGAGAAGCAAACUGCUAAGAAUCCAGAUACCAUCUGUACAUCUGUGGUUUUGGUUCCAGUGUCUGCGUCGGCUGCUAAUGCGCUCGACAACAAUCAAACAUCAACCAUCCAGGCUUAUGUAAAAGGUGGUUUUGAGUUGAAUGUGCAGAAUAAUGUUAAUGGUCUUUGCAACGACUGUGCGGCCUCUGGAGGAUAUUGUGGGCAGAACACUACUAGUCUUGACUUCAUUUGCUUUUGCCAGAAUGGAACUUCAGCAACAACAUGUGGUUCAGAUUCAGCAACCCCCAAUUCAUCACCAGCUGGUUCAAAUUCAACAUCUCUAUAUAAGAUCAUAGGAGUUUCUGGGGCUUUCCUAAUCGUCAUAUAUAUUAUGUACACAUCAAGGAAGAAAAUGAUCUUCCUCAAAAAAGGACAGAGGAAUGAGUUGGACAUCGAUGCAUUUAUAAGGAAUUACGGAUCGAUUGCCCCCAACCGGUAUAGUUACCCAGAUGUGGUGAAAAUGACCAACUCAUUUGGAGAUCAAAUUGGUAAAGGAGGAUAUGGAACUGUGUACAAAGGAAAGUUGCCGGAUGGCCCUCUUGUGGCAGUCAAAGUCCUAAGUGAAUCAAAGGGUGAUGGAGAAGAAUUUAUUAAUGAAGUUGCUAGCAUUGGUCGAACUUCCCAUGUCAAUGUAGUCACACUUUUGGGAUUCUGUUACCAGAGAAACAAAAGGGCUCUGAUCUAUGAAUACAUGCCUAAUGGAUCCUUGGAUAAGUUUAUAAACAACCAAGGAUCUUUAGAGGCAAGUUGCCACUUAGAAUGGAACACAUUAUCUGAAAUUGCAGUCGGGGUAGCGCGAGGACUGGAGUACUUGCACCGUGGUUGUAACACUAGAAUUUUGCAUUUCGACAUAAAGCCACAAAACAUUCUUUUGGAUAAAGACUUCUGUCCAAAAAUAGCUGAUUUUGGUCUUGCUAAACUGUGCAAGAAGGAAAGUAUCGUGUCAAUGUUGGGAACAAGAGGAACGGCAGGGUACAUUGCACCUGAAGUAUUUAGUCGCAACUUUGGCGGAGUCUCGCAUAAGUCUGAUGUUUACAGCUACGGGAUGAUGGUUCUUGAAAUGGUUGGGGCAAGAAGAAAUUUACAUUCUGAUGUGUCCCAUACAAGUGAAAUGUUUCCAAAUUAUAUCUACAAAGACCUGGAGCUAGGUAAUGACGAAAGCUUUUUCAGCACAAUUCCGGAAGAGGAGAAUGAAACAGUACGGAAGAUGAUACUAAUUAGUCUUGGUUGCAUUCAAACCAUGCCAUCUGAUCGACCAUCAAUGAGCAAAGUUGUAGAGAUGUUGGAAGGACCCCUUCAUUCCUUGACAGUUCCACCGAAACCUUUGUUGUUUACUCCUACAGAACCAGCCAUCAAUGAGCAAACUGUUAGCAGUGAUGCAGAAGAAUCUAUGAUUAAACCCCCAGAAUCUGAAACAUGGUGAGACCCAAUUUUUGAUAUUUUAUAAUUUUAACUUGAAUAAAAAAACAGUUAUAGCUUUCAACUUAUAAAAAUAGCCUAGUCCAAGUUCCAACGUUUUUGCUUUUGUUUUUCUAAUGUAUCUCUUACCAAUUUUUCUGAGGUGUUGUUACAUGCUUCCAUU